AUGAUCGACCUGAAGCUUAAUUCUGCAAUAGCAUUGGAGCUGCUGCACCAAGCGCCGUGUGCCGAAUCGCAACAGCUGAUAGCAGCCCCAUGCGCGCAGCCUGUCAAACUAUCGCCCUCGUCUGUGACUCUGUCGCAGUUGCUACAGCAACGGAUCAGCACACAAGACGUAGGGGGGGAGGAGACGGAGGACGACCGGCCUUUGGGCUACUUGCAGGCUGACUCGUGCUCUGACGGAAGGUUUGUCAACUCCGCACUCGCAGCCAGACGGUUCUCAUUAUUGUCUUCAAGCAAUAAUACCCCCAGCACAAGCACCGAGGCUCCCUCAAUAGAGCCCAAGCCAUAUCGCCGCGUACGUUUCAGGCCUGAAUCGGUACAGCCUCUUUCGGCGUCGGACGGAUCCAAAACCAGGAAGAACAACGGUUCCAAGCGCCGUAAAGCAGCCAGGCGCGAGCGGGAUCGAAUCUUGUCCGGCCCUCUUCCUCCACUCAAGUCCGUCCAUCAAAAGCGCCAACGGUCCGCCGGCAGCGUUGACUUGGACCUCAACAGCGCCUUCUUACCCCGAUCCAGUCCUGCAUGGCAGGGUUUCCCAGAGCACCAGAAGCGACCGCCGCCGCCCACGCAGCUCAAACCGCCUAUCCUUAAAACUUCAACGCAGGCGACGCCCACGGUGACUGGCAUGGCGAAGGGAAACUUUGUUCCAUGUCAGAGUGACGUAGACAAGAUGGCUGGCGAGGAAGGAUUCACCUACAGCGCGUCUGGACAUUGUGGAUUCAGAAGGUCGCGUCAUUCUUUCCUAGCAGGGAAGCCGAGGGAUCUUGCCGGCUACGCAAUUGCCACCGAAGCCGCCGCCACAAUUAUGCUCGAAGAGCUUGAGAAGUGCGAAUUCAGGACGAAGGACAUUCAUCAUCGCCGUGCAGGUCCAGAGGGAUACGCGACUAUCACUACUGGCGUUUCGCAUGGUGGAGGUCGAAAGCAGCCUGGAAAUGUGGCGCAUGGCAGGACUACUCAUGCGAACGCUGCAAAGCGCCUGAAGGAGAGCCCCCACAUCAAGAGAAUCGUUGGUUUCACAAACGGUGCGCAACCCUAUUUCCCAAAAGGCUCUGCUCUCACUAAAGCACCAGACGCCUUUCGUGUAACAGCCCCAGAGCUUUGGUUCUACUAUUGGCUCAACAUGACGAGCUUGCUCCAGUGGGGCGCAUCGUUUCUUGUCUGGGCGUUUACAAGGAGCGUCUUUGCUGCUUGCACCUUCAAUCUUGGGCCACGGGCGGUGACUUGCGACCAUCUCGACCACGCCAACCUUGCAUGGGGAUGGUGCGUUAUCACGGCGCUGGGCUGGUUUGAUCCAGAUCGAGGAGGGCAUCUGAUUCUGCGGGAUCUGAAGCUGAUCAUCCGCUUCCCAGCAGGCUCGAGCAUAUUCUUACCGUCAGCGCUUCUCAAGCACUCCAACGCACCCGUACAACCCGCCAAGAAGCGCCUAUCUUUUACACAGUACACAGCUGGCGGGCUGUUUCGAUGGGUUCAAAACGGGUUUCAAGGAGAUGGGAAAGUAAGCAUGUCUACCCAUGCAAAAGCAACUCGACAGCACCAAGCAGAGGAGAGAUGGAGAAUCGGUUUGUCGAUGCUUCCAGUGUACAAUAAACUCAGUGACUAG